AUGGAGCAAAAAGAGUCAAAUCACCAAGUUCCCAAGUCUAGAGCACCAAAUCUACAUUUCUCGCUAAAGACCAAACCGGAGCAUCCGAAGUACGACCGCAUAUUCAUGCCUUCCCGACGUCCAAAAGUCAUGAUUCUUAUAUGGAAAGAUAGAUAUUUGAGUCAUGACCCGCGGCGAAGUGGAAAGAGGUCAUUUGGAUCACUCGUUGGACCGGAACUUAUUUUCUACCAAGACAUGUCCGACGAGCGCCUAAGUAGAGCCCAUGGAGACUUUGAUGGAUCAAGAGGCCCGACCACCGCGCCCAAGGCCUUGGCUCGUCUUGACACUAGCAUAACUCAAUCCAGAAGCUUCCAUUGGCCUGAACUCGGCCCAUUCAAGAACUUGGAGAGCAAGCUCAAGCGGCUAAAGAGAAAUGGAAACUUUCCUCUUCUGCGCGCGCUCAACUUUGCCGACCUAGACCCGCUCUCUACCUAUAUAUACUUGCUUUUAGCCUCUUGUAAUAAGACCAGCCGCAUAACAAGAAACACUUAUUCAAUAAAGUUCGGAGCCACUUAG